AAGUGUGCUUGUACCUGAAUCUCGUCGCAAAAGGUACAACUCGAAUUGGAGCUCUCUGUCCUCUCCUUCCUAAUCUGUUGAAAGAUUCGCAAGGAGCUACCAAGAAACUCAAAGUAAAGGUUAAGGAUGUGAUGUAUUUAUCCGAUGGAAAAUGUGUUGUGGUUGAAUUUGAUGAUACGGAUCAGCCAAUUGGAGAAGAGCAAGGUGUUCUUGCAGGCUUUUGUGGAAUUUUAGCAACCGACUGCUCCUUAUUUCCAAUUCACUUCAACAAUUGGCCAGAUUUACCUAAGUCAUACUUCAAUGGUUGCUUUGAUCGAAUUAUAAAGCCACGAUUCUGUUUUAAGACAACUGAGUUAAAUGCACGAGCAUAUGUUUAUAGUUCUAUUAGAAAGAAGUGGAGUUCAGGAAGGCAAAGGUUGUGGUAUGAGUUCAAUGACCCACUUAAGACCAAAGCAUGGAUUAUGGAUAAUGUUCCAUCAGGGAUUCCACGGGAUGAAUGGACUUCUUAUGUCUCUUACCGUUUUAAUGAAAAGACAAUGGGAAUGAGUAAAAGAAAUGUUGAAAUUCGGAAGAAACAAACUAUUGCACACACUGGUGGUUCCAAACCAAACUCCAGAAGAAGAGCUGAAAUGAUGGCUGAAUCUGGACAAAACCCUGGACGAGCGCAACUCUAUCUUGCUACUCAUAAGAAGGAAGAUGGGUCAUUAAUGAAGCAGCAAGAGAAAUAUGUGAAUCUGUCAAAAUUCUUGUACAUUCCUUCAUCUCUGUGUUUUUGUAUCAGAGAAUAUAUUUAAAGCAUGAUUGCUUACUGAACUGGCCUUUGCUUCACUACUUUAUUGGGGAUACCGGGUUUAGUGUGUUUAGAGUAACCACUGCAUUGUGCUUAUAUUAAGAAACCCCAUGCUUAGUGUAAUAAAUUUGUUUUCAAAGUGAUUGCUAAUGUCCUAUUACAGAAUAUCAGUCAAUAUUUUGUUUUCAAAGUGACUAAAGAAUAUACAUUAUCCUUAUGUUAUCAUUUACUAAUUGAAGUUAUGACAAUGAA